AGGGCUUUCGGGCGGCGGCAGAUUCGGUUGUUUGUUGUUAGCAAACUAGCUAACUGGUCAACGAGCUGAGAGAAAAUAACUAACGGAAUUGUUAAAUGAACGUAUUUCUCCGUUUGAUUUAAAUGUAUGUUGUAUAAAAUUGUCCCCUCGAGUUCGAAUCAAGCUUCUUAUUUUGGGAAAAUUAGUCUAGAGCCGCGGUUUAUUUACAAAUCAUUAUUCCGUGUUAAGAGAUGGAUUCUGAUGAUAUUGAUCCUGUUGCCGUGAGCGAUCAUCUUCCAUCAUCUAUUUCACCUGUACAUUUACUAAGGAUGAAAAAUAUAAUGUCCAACCAGUGCUUUGACAUGAAUAUUAAGGCCAAUAUGAACAAACUCAAGUCUUCUGAAACACUGGAUGCUGAAGCAGAUCUGUCCAAAUAUGAAAAAGAAAUUGAAGAGGCGAGAACGUCACAUUUCAACAAAACACUGGCCCUCAACAGGAUGCAGGUUUGGAACGCCAUCAUCGAGAAACUGAUACAGGAUAAUGCAGAAGCACCGUCUAUGAAGGCUAUUAUUGAUGAAAAUGCAGACCUCUGUGAAAAGGCAUUAAAGGUUAUAAAGGAAACUCGAGAACUUCAGGACCAAAUCACAGAUAUUCAAAAGGAGAGACUUGAGCUGAAAGGUCUCAUUAAGAACAAAAUGCAGGAGAUUAAUGCACUGAAACAGAUGGGAGAGACUCACGGCAAGGCACAGAAGCAGGCCAUGCAAAGAGCUGAGGAAAUCCUACAGAAGUACAAAAGGAUCGCUACCAUUUCACAAAAUGUCCUUCGAGGAAUCAUCCUUGCGAGCAGGGUAAACUGGAUCGAUGAUCCUAAACUGAGAGACAUUGCAAUGGGGUUGGAGAGCAUCCCUAACUGAAGAGGAGUGAAUUUAUAAAGGAAACAUGCAACAAUAUACUGCAUCCUGUAUGUUUUUUGUAAUAUAGACACUGCAGAAUUUUUAAUACAGCUCUGACGUCUUUGUAAAAUGAAUUAAGACACCAUGCUUUCUUACUAAACAAACCAUAUCUGCUAUGCAUUACUUGAAAAGGACCGUGUAGAAGAUCUUAUACACCACAUUUAACAAACUAAACCUGAAUCUACAUGAACAGCAACCACUUAGUGUAGAAAUGUAAAAUUUUGUGCUGACUUGGGAAACAUCUGUGAUUUUACCUUUACUGUUUUUAUUUAAAAUAUUUUUUAGCAAGAAUAAAGGAUGUGUGUUAAUGCUGA